ACAUCCCACCACUCAAAAGAAAGAGAAAAAGAAAAAUAAUAAUAAUAUAAAAAAAAUCUUAAUCAAUAGUCAAUGGAUGCUUCAAUUCCUCACCAGUAUUACUCCUCAGAUUAUUCUUCCUUGUCAACAGAUUUAUGCAGCUUCCCAACAAGUGAAGAAACCUCAUCAGACAUAAUUAUGAAUGCAAAUUGUAAUAAUGGAGCAAUUAAUUACAUGGCUCCAUUGAUGAGCUAUGACAUAAGCUCUCCUGUUUCAGUGGCAUCAUUUCCAGAUCAGCAGCUUCUUGGAGUUGGAGCUAACUCAGACAGCAUGCUAGAAGUUCCGCAAAUGUUGGAAAGCGAGACAGCUGGCUUUUCUAAUUUUGAUAAUUACCAACAAUUUGGUCAUCAAGUGUUUGAGCCUGGUGAAGAUUGCAUUGGAUUGGUGCCAAGACUUUGGCCAGCUUACAAUGAUAUUCAUCACAAACUCAUACCUGCUCAGAAUUGGUCCUUACACGGGAAUCCAAUUAUAACUAAAGCAGAAGAGACUGAAGUGAAGGUUGGAAGGUACUCGGCUGAAGAAAAGAAGGACAGAAUUCUCAGAUACCUCAAGAAAAAAAAUCAAAGGAAUUUUAAUAAGACAAUCAAGUACGCAUGUCGCAAAACUUUAGCGGACAAGCGUGUUCGGGUCCGUGGGCGGUUUGCCAAGAAUAAUGAUCAACCUUCAGAAGAUGAACUUGUGAUGGCCACAAGCCAAAAUAAUUUAUCUUUCGAGAAUUAUUUGCAGAUGAAAUACGAGGAGGAUUGUUGGUUGCAAGCAGCUAUGGCAAAUCUUAUGCACUCGCCUUAUUGCUAAGGGCAAUGGGAAAAUUUAGGGUGUAGGANUU